UGGAGUCGUCAGGUGACGGUGCGUGGCAUCAGCCAUCUUGUGUUGUUGAGCUUGUGGAUUCGCUUCUCGGGUGUGAAGCAGAGUGAGAGAGGUACUGAGAGAUUUAGCCUACGUUUUUCAUCCUCUUGAUAAAAGCAAGAAGAAACAGAAGGCAUUAUGACUGCCGAGACUCAAACACUGAAUUUUGGCCCUGAGUGGCUCAGGGCUCUGUCUAGUGGGGGCUCUGUUGUUUCCCCACCACUCUCCCCAGCAUUGCAAAAGUACAAACUUGCAGAUUAUCGGUACGGACGGGAAGAGAUGUUAGCACUUUACAUAAAGGACAAUAAGAUUCCUUCAGACCUCAUGGACAAAGAGUUCCUGCCAAUUUUGAAAGAGGAGCCCCUGCUACCAUUGGCACUUGUCCCGUUCACUGAGGAGGAGCAGAGAAACUUCUCAAUGUCUGUGAACAGUUCAGCCGUGCUGCGACUCACGGGGAGAGGCAGCGGCGGAGGUGGAGGAACGGUGGUAGGGGCGCCUAGAGGUCGGAGUUCCUCCAGAGGCAGAGGCAGAGGCAGAGGCGAGGGUGGCUUCUACCAAAGAAGUUUUGAUGAAGUUGAGAGUGGAUUUGGCCGAGGGGCCCGUGAAAUGCACCGGUCACAGAGCUGGGAAGAAAGGGGUGACAGGCGGUUUGAAAAACCAGCACGAAAGGAACAAGUUCGACCGGCAUUUGAAGAUGCAAGCGUAGCACCUACUGUGAGAAAGCACGAGUUUGUACGUUCAGAGAGCGUACGCUGGCGCAGCCUCCGGGAGGAGUUAAAUGGCGAGGAAGAGGAGGGUGGAGGUGUGUGGCGAACUGCAGCACCCAGAAGGGAAGGAGAGAGAUGGCGCUCCAAUAGUCCAGAUGGUGCACGAGGCAGUGCUUGGCGGGAACAUCCAGACCGCCGUAAGCGGUUUGACUAUGACUUCAGAGAACGAGAUGACGAGCGUGGUUUCCGGAGACCACACAGUGGCUCGGGGAGUGCAGAAGAUGAAAGAGACGCCUUGCCUGAGUGGUGCUUAGAAGAUGCUGAAGAUGAAACUGGCACCUUUGACUCUUCAGGGGCAUUUCUGUCUUCCAAGAAGGUUCAGAAAGAGUCAAUACCUGAGGAACAGGAGCUGGACUUCCGACCAGCAACAGAAGGCCAUGAGCACUCUGACUCUGAUAGUAGCCAUACGGAGGAAGUCAAGGAGACAAAUCAAACCCAGUCAGGAGAACAUGCAAAAGAAGCUGGCAGAAAUGUGGUGCAGGCUGCUUCGGAGCGAGAGCACAGGACUCCCUCCCCAGCAAAAUGGACAGAGCCUUGUUCACAACCUCCUCUGAAGAACGCCAGCUCUCCUCUUUCCAACCACAAUGAGCAGGAAGUGAAACCACUGACAUCUCCCGCACCUCCCACCCCACCAAAUCAUAAAGAAGAGGGUCAUAGGGGAUCCAUUGAAAAAAAUGCUCCAUGCAUACCUCACUCCACAUCUGCUAUAUUCAGCCAAAGCACUGCUGUUCGGCAAGUCCAUGACCCUCAUUCCAGUCCUCCCAUCCAUCCUGCCCCUGUCAUUCCAUUAGACACCACUACAGCAACCAUCCCUCCGUCUGUUUCUGGAGCUCCCGGUAUGGGGUCUGUACCUCACGAACCUGAUGAAGAGGAUGGUCUUGAACACUUAGAGCAGCAGGCACAGCAGCUGGUGGCGUACCUGCAGGACGGGACGCUAGAUGACGACAGACUAUCAGGCAAAGUACCUGACCACAGAAUAAAAGGGCCCUCUCCUGACAAUCAGCAGAAGUGGUACUAUAAAGAUCCUCAGGGGGAGAUCCAAGGUCCUUUUAGUAAUCGAGAAAUGGCAGAGUGGUUCCAAGCUGGGUACUUCCCCAUGACCUUGUUACUGAGAAGAGCCUGUGAUGAGGCCUUUCAGCCACUUGGUGAAAUAAUUAAAUUGUGGGGACGAAUUCCUUUUGUCCCCCCUCAAACACCCAGACUGGGUGAAAUGGUUCUUGAGCAUUUGGGUCACCAAGACAUGAGAGCUCUGUACCAGUUACAGCAUCUGCACUACCGGCAAUUCCUUAUCCAGCAGCAAUACGCUCAGGUCCUGGCACAGCAGCAGAAGGCAGCUCUGUCAUCACAGCAGCAGCAACAGCUAGCCCUUCUCUCUCAACAAUUCCAGUCCCUAAAGAUGAGACACAUGUCUGUGCCAGAUAACACUUCAUUGUGGGAACUCCAGUCUGCUGCCUCACCUCCCACAGUGUGGGAGGGCAGCAGCGUGUGGGACCUGCCAGUGGAGCCGGUAUCUCAGGGAGCAGCGCGAGAGCAGCUGGAACAGUUGGAGAAGGUGAAAGCUGCCAAGGUCAGCUAUCUGGAUUCGUGUGGCAAAAUGCUUGGUGUUACUAUGGAAGACACAAGUAUCUUGAAAUCUAGGUUGGAGCAGGAAAGAAGAGAAGCAGAGCUGAGGGCCAAACAAGAGGAGGAAGAGCACCGCCGGCGUCUCGAGGAGGAGAAAAGAAAAAGACAAGAGGAGGAGGAGCUGGCACGGCGCAAACAGGAGGAAGCGCUGCGGAGGCAGAGAGAGCAGGAACUGAUCAUAAGGAGACAAAUGGAAGAAGAAGAGCGGCAGCGAGAAGAGGAAAGGCGCCAGCUGGAAGAGAGGAGGCGGCUGGAAGAGGAAAGGAGGCGGCAAGAUGAAGAAAAGAGGAGGCAGGAAGAGGAAAGGAGAAGACGUGAGGAGGAGAGAAAGCAGUUAGAAGAGGAAAAGCGAAGAAGGGAAGAGGAAAAGAAAAAAGAGGAGGAGAGGAGGCAAAGGGAAGAGAUGCAGAGAAAGCAGGAGGAGGCAGCUAGGUGGGCACGAGAAGAGGAGGAGGCAGCAAGGAGGUUGUUGGAAGAGACACAACUGAAGCAAGAGGAGGAGGAACGCAAAAAACGUGAAGAAGCUCAAAGGCAAAAGGAGCUUCAAAGACAGCGGCAGCAACAACAGGAGGCUCUCAGGCGCUUACAACAGCAGCAGCAGCAACAGCAGCUGGCACAAAUGAAGCUACCGUCAUCUUCCACGUGGGGGCAGCAGGUGAUCCCAGGAAAUAGUGCCCAGUCCGCACUGUCACUGGCAGAGAUACAGAAGCUGGAGGAGGAACGAGAGCGACAGCAACGGGAAGAACAGCGCCGUCAACAACAGGAGAUGAAGGCUAUCCAGCAACAGCAGCAACAGCAGAUGCAGCAGCAAAAAUCACCUGGGUGGGCAAACAUGAGUAAGUCUGCUGGCGGCACCAAAUCUCUGCUGGAAAUACAGCAGGAAGAAGCCAGGCAGAUGCAGAAGAUCCAGCAGCAGGCUGGCCGUGGCCGACCAGCAAAUAUCAGCGUGCCACCUGCCACCGUUGUUUCUCCACCCCAGCACAACAGCAGCAGCAGUAGCAACAGUUCUGGAGGCUCAGUUUGGGGGACUCUGAACAACAACAUUAGCGCCCAAUGGUCACCUGACAGCAUCAACAGUAUUUGGAGCAGCACAGAUAACAAGAGUUCUGGUGUAGGAUUCUGGGAUGAUGCUGUAAAGGAAGUAGCCCCCAAGAAGCCAGCCCGCAAGAACAAUGCCAGUAAGUCAGCGGGCACAAGCAGCCGGCAGAAUAAGAAGGUUGAACAGGAGGAAAAGCUACUAAGACUCUUCCAAGGAGCCCCUAAGACUCAGGACAGCUUUACUCAGUGGUGUGAACAGACACUGCAUGCACUUAAUACCGCGCACAGCCUGGACGUACCCACGUUUGUGUCCUUCUUGAGGGAGGUGGAAUCUUCUUAUGAAGUACAUGAUUAUGUCCGUGCGUACUUGGGAGACACAGCAGAGGCAAAGGAUUUCUCCAAGCAGUUCCUGGAGCGCCGGACCAAGCAGAAGACUGGUCAGCAACGGCAGCAACAGGAUUCCGCAUGGGGGACCUUCCAGACAAGUCAAAAUAAUGUACAGCAGACUUCGAUGGAAACUGCACAGAGCGCUGGGCGCAAGAAAAAGAAACAGAAGAUGGUUAGAGCAGAUCCAAGUCUACUAGGAUUUUCCGUGAACGCUUCUUCGGAGAGACUGAACAUGGGCGAGAUUGAGACUUUGGAGGAUUACUGAUCAUCGUGGAGGGGUAGGGGGAACCGCCCCCCCUCCCCUACCUCGGCUUCUUUGGGAGGGGAGAGCCGAACAUGUAAUUCCACCUACCCCGAACACACAACCCCAGUGUCCUGCUGGGGUAUUCCCAGGGCACAUCCCUGAGAGAUGCAUGAGCAGGACAAUUGGAUAGCUUCCUUCUCACUCCACUUACCCCUUCAUGCGUAGGCUUCCGGCCGGGGUCAGUGGAGAGAGCAUUCCAGGGGGCUCACAGUGAUUUAAGGGGGAAAUUUACCCUCCUCCAUCACAGCACAGCACGGUCUCGUUUCAGAGGCUUGCAUGUUCUGUCACUUUACCACCGUUAUUAGGUGGAGAGAGGAGGCUUUUGGUGGGACUUUGCACCUCCCCUCACUGCCUCGUUGGGGUUCAGCUCUGUGGAUUCAUCAGACGGACUGCCUUAAUUAUGUUUGGAGCGUUUAAAAGUGUGUAGAGUGCGUUGACUUUGGGACUACCGGUGAGGUGAAUCUAUAUAAGUAAAGGGUGAUAAGACAUCUCACCCUCUUACUAAUCUACCCCCCGGUAGAACUCCUGUCUUCUCUCUUCAUCCCUCCCACACCUUUUAAAAGGUUUGCAUUUCUUUAGUAACUGUUUGAAAGCCACAGCAGGUGGGUCCAGGCUGAGUUAGAAACAGCGUUUCUUUGACGUGCUGCAGCCAUAUAUAUAUAUAUAUCUAUUGUUUUGGUGCUGUUUGAGCGGAUGUGAUGAAACGACUCGCCUAGUGCGGAGAGGCAGUGACGGUGUGGGAGGGAGGGAGCACACUAAUGUUUACACAGCUCCUGGACCAUGUUAACGUUUGCCCCAGUGUGCAGUGACGUUUGAGAGGGGGGAGGGGCCAGGCCUGACCUUAAUAAAGCGCUGGUUGUAUUAUAUCACA